AAAGCUUCGCCCGUACUACUUUUCACCUUUUCAGACGAUGGUUCUCCUUUCCCCUUUCUUCUCUCUUCUUUAAAUCCCAAGCUUUCAAACCAAGAUCGUCAUAUCUCGGCUCGGCUUUCGGCUGUCGACAUAUGGUUCGUCACUCUGGCCGUUGAGCCGACGACGGGUGCCGGCGAGCGGCCUGCCUUCAAGUACAUCUUCAUUAAUGGCGACGGCUGCAACCAGAUCGUCUCCGCCGCCGCUCAGUCGAAGCGGACACAAUUGCCCUCCGGCGACAGAGAGCAACGAGCAGCUCCGGCGAUCAGCGUGGCGGUGCUACGCGAGGCGUCCAGAUCUCGCAUUUGGCAGCAACUCGCGGGUCGAGGUUGCUGCCAUUUUUUUCGACCAAUUCGAGCUUCUGAGACCUUUUAUGAUGAUUUCUUGGGUGUUCUUGCCGGGCUUUAAAGUCUCGCUCUUGGUCCCGACUUAAUCCCCACGGUGAGAUGCAACGGUUAUCGGGCCUGAUUUCGCAAUCCCAUCGACGAGAUUCAACCGCAAAAGCGGCGAUUCGGAGAAUUCUCUGAAUUUAAUGGCGCCGUCUAUCAGUGAGGGAGGUCGAGGGGGGCCGACCAAGGCCUCUUUCUCAGACGGAUGAAGAAAGAUCUGCAAGUAGAUCCGAUGGCCAACAACAAUUUACCCCGUAGAAUCAUCAAGGUUGCUGAGACACCACAGAAAUGUUCUGAGGAAAUUGAGACUUAUGCAAGAUACAGGUACCCGGCCAUGACCAAAACUCAGGGGAAUUUCAAUCUCAAGGUCAUGGAGGGUGAAUUUAUCGAUUCACAAACUGUUGUGAUGCUUGGUGGAAAAACUACUUUUAUACGGAUGCUGCCUGCAGAUAUAUAUUUAAUAGAUGAACCAAGUGCAUAUCUCGACUCAGAGCAGCGUAUAGUUGCUUCAAAAUUCAUAAAGAGGUUCAUACUCCACGCAAAAAAGACUGCAGUUGUUGUCGAGCAUGAUUUCAUAAUGGCGACGUACCUAGCAGAUCGAGUGAUUUUGUAUGAGGGGAAGCCGUCCAUAGAUUGCAAGGCUAAUUAGCCACAGUCAGUUUUGACCGGGAUGAACCUAUUUCUAUCCCAUCUGGAUAUUAUGUUGAGACGGGAACCCACAAACUACCGUCCUCGGAUUAACAAACUAGAGUCCACCACUGAAAUCAUCUUUGGCAAUCCUGCCUCCGAAAGUUCAUUCUCCUCAGACCACUUCAUUUUAAUGAUUGAUCCUACGUCAGAGGUGCCAACAGAGGUGUGGCUCAUGUGAGCCGCCUGAUGGUGGCGGCCGAUAUCGGGCGGUAGAUCGAAUAUCAAGCCGCAAAACUUACAGACGAACCUUCGAUUGGCCGACCAGUUGCCAGGCACCGUGUUUUCUGGCGGGCCAGCCUUCAUUGGCCCCACUUUCUGCCAGGAGCCUUUGUCCUGCAGCCAUAAUAAAUUGGAUGGACAAGUUGAGAGCACGUGCAGCCACAGCUGAUCUGGAUUCCCGAAAUGGCUGCCACAGAGGAUACACUGUAAAAGUAUGCACUGCUCGACAGCGAGAGCAAGCACGAUUGGCUUCCUUUCUUUGUGUCUUCUCAUCAGAUAACGUAUACUCGCAAAAUGUAUACUCAGACAGGACCUUAGUUUCAUGAAGAUUUGAACUGGCUACUGUCCACAUCAAUGAUAUAACACACAAUUCUUUCAAGAGUCGGUAUCUCUUCGAUUUCCAUAGGAACCUUCUUCAACUUGGAUAAGACUAAGAGAAGGAUGCUUGAGGCACCGGAACUACCCCCCUUUGUAUUAUUCCGUAUCAUUCUAUGCACAAUGAGAAAUGCAGGAUACACGCUUAUCAGUCUUGAGAGGAAUCUUGAGA